AUAGAGAACAAAAAGAGCCACGGUGCAAACAAACGAAGAUAACUAGCUCUUGUUACAUUCUCAGCACCCCAACCGAGCGAGAAAGAGAGAGAGAAAAGGAACGACAUGGCGGCGGCGAUCGAGAUUUCGAGGGAGUAUGGCUACGUUGUGUUGGUGCUCGUUCUCUACGUCUUCCUCAAUCUCUGGAUGGGCGUUCAAGUGGGAAAAGCCCGGAAGAAGUACAAAGUACCUUACCCUGCUCUCUAUGCACUGGAAUCCGAGAACAAGGAUGCCAAGCUCUUCAAUUGUGUUCAAAGAGGACACCAGAACUCGCUCGAAUACAUGCCGGUGUUCUUUGUGGCUCUGUUGCUCGGCGGAAUCCAGCACUCGCUCGUUGCUUCCAUACUCGGACUCUUCUACACCGUCGCUCGUUUUUUUUACUUCAAGGGAUACGCUUCCGGCGUUCCUGAAAAUCGGAUCAAGUUUGGAGGUUUGAACUUUCUUGCUUUGCUUGGGCUCAUCUUUUGCUCCGCUUCGUUUGGCAUCAACCUGCUUCUUCGUGAGCUCCUCUAGUGUUCGACGAAGUGAUUUUUAGUUGUUUCUCACGUUUUUAUUUCAUGAAGUUGGAUUAGGUCUUUGAAAUAAGCCAAACUGUGUUUGGACGAGGGAUUAGUAAAUGAGAAUCAUUCUUGUUCUCCGUUUAGAUAUAUGUGAGUUGUGCUGAAUUGCUGCUGUUAAUUGUCCUUUAGGGUCUAAUACCCUGUUAA